UGUUAUCGAACCAAGGAAGAAGAAAACUGGAAUAUAUCGCUCCGAGUCGCGGUUUGAGGUUAUGCGAACUUGAUAUUUGGAAAAAUGAAAAAAUAUUAGUUAUAUCCCAAGAAGACCGAAUCAUGCCGGGCGUCAUAAUGGAGUGCGCCGAUUUCAGUGAGUUUGAGGACGCUCUUAAAAAUAUGCGAAGAACUGACGAUCUCAUAGUGAACACUAUAAACGCCGUGGUGCCCACUCAUUCCUUCCACGCCGAUGAAGCGGCCGCUUGCAAGAACAUCCACGAACAGCUGGAAGACGGUCAUCGCAAACGUGAGAGUUUAAUCAAAAACUGUAUCACUUAUACCUCCCACAAUGUCAAAAGACUGAAAGAAGAGCGAGAAACUGCAGCGGAAGAUGUUCAACUGUCCAAACAAUUGCGAUCCGAACAGACAAAGCUAAGGAUGUUGCAAGUGGAACUGAGCGUUGAAGACCUAAUCAGACAGCGUUCGCUUAAGGUAUUCAACGAAAGGUGUAGGAAAUUUUACAAACCCACCUCAUGAUAUUUUCCAAUUUUUUUUUAUAUUAGUUUUUGAGUAGUGUAUUAAAAAAAAAAAA